AUGAUUUACGCAAGAGACAUAAAAAGCACGUUUUACCUGGUGUAUACUAGUACCUAUGUGAGCGAAGUGACAGCAGCUUCUCUGUCUGUUGAUGAUUCAAUAACUAGUACAAUUACUUCCACGUCUUAUCGUACUAUAACUCCGUCAAGCACGACAUCUAAUUCACAAGCAUCUUUCUAUUCAUCCGAGACCGCAACCUCGAUAUCAGUUGCAAAUUACUCUAGCCUAGCUGCUGCUGAUAGUACAGAAAUCAAAGCAACAAGUUCUUCAGCUUCUACAAUUGCUUUAGCGAUUGGUAUUCCUAUUGGAAUCUUAAGUUUGUUUACUCUUGCCUUUCUAAUUUGGUUCUUCUUAAAAAAGCGAAAGUUUGCCAAGCGAAGAGCUGUGAAUUUGCAAGUUAGCGAUUACGACAACUCACUGGAGAGGACCUUGACGGAGAUUCAAGCAGAAAAUACUUCCUACUAA